GAAUGAAAGUUAGGAAUACUACAAAUCAAAUACGACGCAGCUGUUACUUUUUGUGCGCGAAUGAAUGCGCGUGUGCAAUGCGCGUCGAGGGACAGGAAGAUAGUUGUUUUUCACCUCAGCCGUCUCACACACAGAAGUCACACAUGCUGAUGGAAAAUGAGCCGUUUCUGACGGCUCUGACGCUGAUGUUCUAUGAUGGCCGGUCGAAAGGCGCCGUCACUGUCACCAUGAAACGAUAUGACGGCCGGAAUCGUCCAGAGCCGCGGCCGGGCACCAAGAACGCUGCCAAAAACCCGCUGCCCAAGCCCGAGCAAUACCAGUGCCUUGUCCGGGCGCGGCUCCGACAAAAGAAGAUCAGCACCGUGGUCUCCGGUCAGAACGUGGAAAAGUUCCAGGAGGCCUACUCGAAGCUGAUGCUCUCCAGCAUGGACUCCCUGAAGCGGGUAAAGAAGGCGAAAACGGCGCGGAUGGCGCAGUAGCGCUGGCGCAUCAUUGCCAUCUGUUGGGGGCGGCUGGAACUAGGUCUGUGGAGCGGCCGGCCGGUCGUUGUCUCUACGGAGCGGCGCCGGCCGGCUGACUCGAAGGACCUCUGGCCACCAUUGGGGCGGGACGGGGCCGUGAAAAGGACUUUCCUGAGGCGCGCGCCUUGCUGUGAUCUCGGGUUGGCCCUGCGCGCCGGUGGCUAUACAUUCCUCCGGCGGCUGGGACGGUGUGUGUCGCGCCUACCGUCCGCCGCCGGCCGCCGCGACACCUGCCGAGCGGUGCCGACUCGCGCUCAGAUACAAUAUAUCUAUCGGUUCUUA